AUGAGCAACGCCACCCAUCAACUUCGACAGAAGCUGUCCAUGACGCGCCUUCUCAACCCACGCCGCUCGAUCUUCGACUACACGGGGGACUCAAAAGCUUUUGUUAUUCCCGGAUGGAUUCUUGUCCCCCCAGAAGUGCGCGAUGCUAUGCUUCAUCUGGAGUACAGAGCUACGGUAGCUAUUUUUAGCAUGAAAUCCCUCAUGGUGAUGCGGGACAGCCGCUAUUUCGAGAUGUGCCCCAGUGAUAAGGACUCAGCAAGCUACAAGAUGCAUAAAGCCUCCAUGCAACGCCUUCUUGAAUGGAAGGAAGACUGGGACAUACUUGAUCCAACCCUCGCAACUUCAGCCAAGAUCCCCCGUGAGUCCUUGCGGUUCUGUGUCGACUCAAUCGCCUAUGGCAGAUACAUUUCUGAAUAUACCACAAGAAUUGACUUAUUCAUGAGCGGUCCUUAUCAACAUUGGCGUCAGAUGCGCAUCGAAGUCGAACACCUUGCCUUCCGUCUUAUGGGCCACAAGAAACACGAGUAUGAGGAGUGGCGUACCUGGUGGGAUGGCAAAUUUGCUAAUGACAUGUGGGAAUGGGAUUCCUGUCUUGAAGGCCUGGUUCUUCCUCUCUGGGAAGAAGUCGUUGACGAUGUUUACCUCAUGAUCAAAGACCGCGUCGAAGAGCCCGAGGGGCUGGCCCGCUCGUUCCACAUCAGCGGUCCGUCUUCAGCUUCAGUUUCGCCCAACUGA